AUGGUGUCUCACUCUCACCUCGAGAUGGGCGGCGCGGCGGGGAUCAAGCUCUUCGGCAAGGUCAUCACGCGGCAGCCGACACGCACGGGCGCAGACGGCGGCGGUGGCGGCGUGGUGGUGUCCAAGACGCAGCAGGCGGCGCCCAUGUCGUCGUCCUCGUCGUCUUCGGGGCGCGGGAGCGCCGAGCAGCUGGAGGAGGCCGCGAGGGCGCGCGCGGCGGCGGCGGAGGCGCGGCUGCCGUGCCCGCGGUGCCGGAGCGAGGACACCAAGUUCUGCUACUUCAACAACUACAACGUCAACCAGCCGCGGCACUUCUGCCGGGCCUGCCACCGCUACUGGACGGCCGGCGGCGCCAUCCGCAACGUGCCCGUCGGCUCCGGCCGCCGCAAGAACCGCCCGGUGCUGCACGGUGCCUCCACGGUCAUGAGUGUUGCCGACCACCACUUGGCGGGGCCGGCGUCUCCGGGGAUGCCGAAUGGGCUUGGCUUCCACCCAGAUCAUGGAUGGUCUCAGGCCGUCCCGCCGACGGCUUACCUCGGCCACGGAGAGAUGGAGCAGUGCUGGUGGCUCGUUCAUCAGUACCCAGCCCAAGGCCAGGUCAACGGGGACGUCCAACUAAGCCCUUCGUCUCUGCGGAUCAACCAAUACGCAUGA